UCGCUACGGCACUACUAGAUGGGACUACAACGAGCUAUCUACAUAAAUAUCUACCGACAGUCUUAUUUUCUCACAUGCACGCACAUAUAUAGAAGAAAAAAGAUCGAGCAGUAGAUCUGCAGGGAAAGUAUUAGCAAGAAAAUGGAGAAGAAGAAAAUGAUGACAGUGGCAGCCAUGGCUAUGGUGCUCAUCGUCCUUUUAUCAGCCAACAUGGACGCCGUCGGUGUCGCUGCUCAGGGUGUCAAUUGUUAUGACAGUUGUAACACUGGCUGCGUUGGUCUCCCACCGAAGAAGUACCAAGCUUGCGAUAAGAAGUGCCACAAAAGGUGUGGAGACGAAGCUGGCAAAAUUGAUGGAAACCUGGAUUGAAAGUUAUGAAUAGAAAGCUAUUGAGGCUAUUAUUGUGUAGAGUUCCACAAUAAUAAUUCUCUCUCUGAUAUAAUAAUUUCUUCAUAGUUUGGGAAAAUAAACGUUACUUGUACGUGUAUGUUUGGUUACUACUAUGACUUCUUCUUGUGAUUUAUAGAUGCAUUGUAUGAUGAUAAAACUAUGUACUAUUUGGAAUUAUAAUUGCCACUCAAAUCGGUUCUUAUUCA